AGGAGAAGAAGCCCAAAGUCAAGAAACCAAAAUCAGAAUUCCCUGUAUACACAGUUCUGGAGUCGAGUGCAUAUAUACCAUCAUAUGAUCAUGGAGCUUCAAUUGAAGAGAUUGAGGAACAGAUGGAUGAUUGGUUAGGAGGCAGGAACAGAACACAAAAAAAGAAGGCACCUGAAUGGACAGAGGAGGACCUCGGCCAGCUGACAAGAAGUAUGGUUAAGUUCCCAGGGGGGACCCCAGGUCGAUGGGAAAAGAUUGCUCACGAGUUGGGUCGAUCAGUGGCAGAUGUUACCAUGAAAGCCAAGCAAGUGAAGGAUUCUGUUACAUACACACCAGGUAUCACUAGGCUCUCUGAGCUUAAAACGCUGGCCCAGAAUUCCAAGAAUGUCAAAGUCAACGUGAAUUUGCCAGACCACAUAAUUACCCAGCGAGAAAGGGAGGAGGAAGAGGAGGAGGAGGGGAACGACAAUCAUAUCCCAGAGCAGGUGCAUGUCCAAGUAGCUCAAAAGGAGGCCAUUGCAAGUGAAACGAGACACCGCAAACGAAAAGUUGUCAAAGCCCCUGAAAUGGCUCUACCAGCACCAAAAGAGAUACCAGAAGAGAAAGGCAGAGGGAGACGCCAGAAAGAUUUUGAUAACACCGAGCAAGAGGACCAGAGUGAUGAUGAGAGCAGAAAAAGAGAGAAAAGCCGUGCCCCAGAAGAACUGUGGACUCAAAAUCAACAGAAACUUCUUGAAAUGGCCUUGCAGCAGUAUCCAAAGGGAACAUCGGAUCGCUGGGAUAAAAUAGCAAAAUGUGUUCCUGGAAAAAGCAAGGAGGAGUGUAUAGCAAGAUACAAGUUGCUUGUUGAACUGGUACAAAAGAAAAAAAUGGCUAAAAGCUGAAUGCUCUGAGCAGAAGAGAUGUAGCUCAUCUUUGUCAAAAUGGGGUUUUAAAUCUCAUAUGUGGGAAACUACGUUUUUGUACCUCAGUAUUUCUAUACGUCAUGUGCCUUAGUAAAAGAAAGUACUAAUAAAUCUUAUACCACCUUA